GUCCAUGCGGAUGGCUAUCCAAAAACAGGUCGUCGUCAUGCACAGCUGAAACGUUUCCCCCCUCUCUCUCUCUCUCUCUGAUAGAAUUCCGAGUUCUCUCCUCUGAUAGAAUUCCGAGAAUCCGCCGACGAGAAUCUCGUCUCCUUUCCCGGAACGCAGUUCAGAAUCUUCACAUACAGAGUAACCAUCUCCGUCUUAAAUCAGCACGAUGGUUUCUUUUGAGAUGAACGACAGGAAAAAGAUAGGCUUAGGAUUGACUGGAUUCGGUGUACUUUUCUCGUUUCUGGGGAUCAUUUUCUUAUUUGACAAGGGACUUCUUGCCAUGGGAAAUAUCCUAUUCUUGUCAGGGGUGAUGUUAACCAUCGGACUGAAAUCCACCAUGCAAUUCUUCAUGAAACGCCAGAACUACAAGGGAACGAUCUCUUUCAGUGUUGGCUUCUUUUUGGUCCUGAUCGGAUGGCCUCUCAUGGGCAUGAUCUUGGAGGCAUAUGGGUUUAUUGUGCUCUUCAGCGGUUUUUGGCCUACUCUGGCAGUGUUUCUUCAGAGGAUACCUAUUCUGGGUUGGUUGUUCCAGCAACCAUUUAUGACAUCGUUCCUUGAUCGCUACAGAAGCAAACGGGUGCCAGUGUAACAUUCCAAGUUGAUGCAGAUGCAAGGACCCACACAAAACAACCAACCCCCUGUAAGAUAGCAUCCGACUAUGCAUCCAAACUCUUGAAUUUGGUCACCUGCUAUAGUUGAAGAACGUUUACUUGAUUGAGGAAUGGUCUUAUAUCUGUAGAAUUCAGCACUCUUUUCUGCAUACCUUGAUCUAAAUGUACAUUGGGAUUAUCUGUGGAAUCUCUACUUAUCCAUGGAUGCAAUUUUGAUUC